ACGUGGACGUAGAACCGAAUGCAGCUGACUCUGAUGUGCACUCAACAAACAUCAACCAAACAACAUAACCAAUCUAUACACAAAUCAAUCAACCAGUCAAACAAUCACAAACAAACAAACAAACAAACAACACCUACCACAAAUACACACAUAUUAACUAAUCACAAACAACACAGAUACACAAACAUCCACUACACAAUUACACACAAUCAUGUAUCCAGAUUGGUUCACACACAUGUCCAGUAUACAAAACAUGUGUAGAUCGAUCAGGACUCAUCCAUUUCCCCCACGAAACAUAAGAUCAACACUAAGUGUGGUCACUCGAUCAUGGGGCAACAACCAUACCACUACAAACACAUUCACUACCUACCUACCACAUACUCUCACAAACACAACUACCACUAAUCAAUCCCUCUACACUAAACAACAUCACACGCAACAAUCACAAAUAACAACAUAUCAACACCAUACUCACACUUUAGACAACAACACUAAUAUUGCAAUAUCAUCAUGUGGAAAUAAUUCCAACACUAUCAUAUCGCAUGUCUAUUUCGCACACAGUUAACACUGCACACGUGGACGUAGAACCGAAUGCAGCUGACUCUGAUGUGCACUCAACAAACAUCAACCAAACAACAUAACCAAUCUAUACACAAAUCAAUCAACCAGUCAAACAAUC